AUGAAAGCGGUCUCAAGAUUUGCAAGCAAGAUUCUUAUGAUCAAGCCUGCUAAAUUCUAUCACAAUGAAGAAGCAGCUACAGACAACAAAUUUAUGUUUAAAGAUACUAAUACAAACAACUUUGAUUCUGAAUACACAAGUUUCAAGCAAACAGUGGAAUCCUAUGGAAUUGAAAUAACUCAAUUGCAUAAUCCUGAUGAAAAAGCCCCUGAUGCUUGCUUUGUUUGUGACUGGAUUUCAUUUUUAGGGCCUCCUGAAUAUAAAGAAAAAAUAAUGGUCCUUUACCCUGUUAAGCAUCCUUCAAGACAACGAGAAAGGAGACCAGAAUUUAUUGAGAGAUUUAGGCAGGAAUUUCCUGUCGUUAUUGAUUUGACUUAUUUUGAAGCUCCAGAACAUGGAAAAUUAGCUUUAGAAGGCCCAGGGUGCUUAACUUUUGAUGACUUAAGUAGCAAUAUCCUGAUGUGUACCUCAGAAAGAGCCUCUGAAAGAGUUUUACACGAGCUUGUGUCACGCUUAAACCACUACCGAGAAAUUCCAUGAAAUCCUGUAACCUUCAGGGCAUUUGACAAAACAAAUUUCCCUAUUUUCCAUACAGGCCUAUUUAUAGGAUUAACACCUACAAUGGCAGUAGUGAAUUUAUAUCAAAUUUCAAUGAUUUGUCAUUAAAAUAUUUUUUUAUAAUCAAAAUUGUUUUUAGUUUAUAAGGUAUAGAGUCAAUAACUGACAUUUCAGAUAAAAAUAAAGUCCAAGACGCACUUAGGCACUAUAGAAUUUGGGAUUUAUCAUAUGAAGAUAUGGUGAAAUAUGCAGGAAAUUUUAAAACGUUGUACUCCCCAAAAUUGAAAACUGAAGUGAUUUUCAUGUCAGAGCAAGCUAAAAACUUGCUGAAUCUUGAUAGAGAGAUCGUAUAUGUUGAUAUCCCUACUAUUGAAAGAGUGGGAGGAGGCUCUAUAUCUUGCAUGAUGUCUACACGUCCAUAA